UGCCAUAAAUCAGUCUGGCUUAGAAGUCGAUUCGACGCGCACGACCAUUGAGAACUUUCCAUUAGUCAGACCUUGAAAAACGUUCAGUACUUUGGAAUUCAUCAAUAGAUCUAAGCUGCAACAUUAAGAUGAAGCACCCAGUUUUAUCCUGCCUGUUCUUGGCUAUUGCUAUACUGUUCGUUGCAGAGACAAGAGUCGUCCAAAGGAAAGAUCUUCGAGAUUCCUUCUUUGAAAGAUUUGCAAAAGAAGAGCGCCUUGUACCACACAGUCCCAACGAYAAAAGGUCCCCUGAAGAAGGGGAGAUUGUCCCACAACAAGCAAAGAAUACUGGCGAAAGCAAGAGUUCUGUCCCUGGAGGAACUAACUGGUGGGGUGAAAAGAGAUCCCCUAAUGAAGGAAAGAUUGUCCCACAACAAGCAAAGAAUACUGGCGAAAGCAAGAGUUCUGUCCCUGGAGGAACUAACUGGUGGGGUGAAAAGAGAUCCCCUAAUGAAGGAAAGAUUGUCCCACAACAAGCAAAGAAUACUGGCGAAAGCAAGAGUUCUGUCCCUGGAGGAACUAACUGGUGGGGUGAAAAGAGAUCCCCUAAUGAAGGAAAGAUUGUCCCACAACAAGCAAAGAAUACUGGCGAAAGCAAGAGUUCUGUCCCUGGAGGAACUAACUGGUGGGGUGAAAAGAGAUCCCCUAAUGAAGGAAAGAUUGUCCCACAACAAGCAAAGAAUACUGGCGAAAGCAAGAGUUCUGUCCCUGGAGGAACUAACUGGUGGGGUGAAAAGAGAUCCCCUAAUGAAGGAAAGAUUGUCCCACAACAAGCAAAGAAUACUGGCGAAAGCAAGAGUUCUGUCCCUGGAGGAACUAACUGGUGGGGUGAAAAGAGAUCCCCUAAUGAAGGAAAGAUUGUCCCACAACAAGCAAAGAAUACUGGCGAAAGCAAGAGUUCUGUCCCUGGAGGAACUAACUGGUGGGGUGAAAAGAGAUCCCCUAAUGAAGGAAAGAUUGUCCCANAGGCAAGGGCUCUCUCCCUGAAGGGACUGACUGGUGGGGAAUACGCUAUUGUCUCUAAAUAUACAAAUGACUUUGUCAACUCGUACUCCAACAAACUUUAG